GAAGUGCGUUUCAGAGUCUGGAUCAUGAAGAACACAAGAGCUCACUGGGAGUGGUGCGGACAUUGUGUAAUGUGCGAAUAGGACACGAUAUUUGCGCUCUUGGUGCCCGUGUGAAGUUAUAAUGCAGCUGCUGCUGCUGCUGAUCUCCAUGAAGUGUUCAAGCUCAGAUAAAGUCGGGCAGACAGUGAUAACGGAUACCGGACACAUACAGGACAAACCCGUAGAAUAAGAGUGUGAUUGACAUAUUGAAGAAGAGAUGGGGAACGCAGGGAGCAUGAACCAACACACUGACCCCAGAGGACACCACAUGCCCCUCAAACUGCCCAUGCCCGAGCCGGCCGAGCUGGAGGACAGAUUUGCGCUCGUCCUGAACUCAAUGAACUUGCCUCCAGACAAAGCAAGAUUACUACGGCAGUACGACAAUGAGAAGAAAUGGGAACUCAUUUGUGACCAGGAACGAUUCCAGGUGAAGAAUCCUCCUCACACAUACAUCCACAAGUUGCAGGGUUAUCUUGACCCGGCUGUGACCAGGAAGAAGUUCAGGAGGAGAGUGCAGGAGUCAACAAAGGUCCUGCGGGAGCUGGAAAUCUCAUUACGGACCAAUCACAUUGGGUGGGUGCGGGAGUUUCUGAAUGAAGAGAAUAAGGGUUUGGAUGUGUUGGUGGAGUAUCUUUCGUUUGCACAGUAUGCUGUCACGUAUGACGGCGACAGUUCUGAGAACAGCACAGAAAACUCAGUGGAUAAACCCAAACCAUGGAAUCGAUCGAUUGAAGAUCUUCAUGGAGGAAACAGCCUCUCAUCAGCUGUCACAGGCAACAGCAUCUCCAGAGCCAGCAGACAUUCAACCAUAAGGUCUAAUACAUUACCCAUCCGGAGGACAUUGAAGAAUUCCAGAUUAGUAUGUAAGAAAGACGACGUUCAUGUGUGCAUCAUGUGCCUACGAGCCAUCAUGAACUACCAGUAUGGCUUCAACAUGGUUAUGUCUCACCCUCAUGCUGUGAAUGAAAUUGCACUAAGUCUGAACAAUAAGAAUCCCAGGACUAAAGCUCUGGUGCUGGAGCUGCUGGCCGCUGUGUGUCUGGUUCGAGGAGGUCAUGAGAUCAUUCUCUCUGCCUUUGAUCAUUUCAAAGAGGUGUGUUCAGAAGAUCAGCGCUUUGAGAAACUCAUGGAGCAUUUCAAGAAUGAAGAUAAUAACAUCGACUUCAUGGUUGCCUGCAUGCAGUUCAUCAAUAUUGUGGUUCAUUCAGUGGAAGACAUGAAUUUCAGAGUGCACUUACAGUACGACUUCACAAAGCUGGGUUUAGACGAAUAUCUGGAUAAACUGAAGCACACCGAGAGUGAUAAACUGCAUGUGCAGAUUCAAGCGUACCUGGAUAACGUGUUUGAUGUCGGGGCUCUGUUAGAGGACGCAGAGACCAAGAACGCAGCGCUGGAGAGAGUGGAGGAACUAGAGGAGAACAUGUCUCAUCUGACAGAGAAGUUACAGGACACAGAGAAUGAGGCGAUGGCAAAAAUCGUUGAGCUGGAGAAACAACUCAUGCAAAAAAAUAAAGAGCUGGAGUCUGUUCGGGAGGUGUAUAAAGACGCCAGCUCUCAGGUGCACACCCUGCGGCGGAUGGUGAAGGAGAAGGACGAGGCCAUUCAGAAACAGAGCGACCUGGAAAAGAAGAUCCACGAACUGGAGAAACAGGGAACCAUCAAGAUCCAGAAGAAAGCAGACGGGGAUAUUGCCAUCCUGACACCCCCUCCACAGGAGAACGGGCAUCUGCCCGGGUCACAGGGCGUGUCUGGGGUGACCAGUGAGGGCAUGGUCAGUCACGGAGGUAUGGCUAACGGGGCUGAUCUUCCCCCUCCUCCUGGGCCGGCGACACUAUCAAAUGGUCCAUCUGCUGCUCCAGCUCCUCCUCCUCCUCCACCACCUCCUCCACCUCCUCUCCCAGGCCUCGCUGUGGAUAUAUCUGCCCCUAUGCCCCCUCCACCGCCCCCCAUGGCUCCUCCACUUCCAGGCUGCGGCUCUCCCACCGUCAUCAUGAACUCAGGACUAGCAGCUGUGAAGAUCAAGAAACCCAUCAAGACUAAGUUCCGUAUGCCGGUGUUUAAUUGGGUGGCACUGAAACCCAAUCAGAUCAACGGCACUGUGUUCAACGAGAUCGAUGACGAACAAAUACUGGAGGACCUGAAUGUGGAUGAGUUUGAGGAGAUGUUUAAGACGAAAUCACAAGGGCCUGCCAUAGACAUCACGUCCAGCAAACAGAAGACCUCCCAGAAAGGACCAAGCAAAGUCUCGCUGCUGGACUCCAACAGAGCCAAAAACCUGGCCAUCACGCUCAGAAAAGUGGGCAAGACAUCAGAGGAGAUCUGCAGAGCCAUUCAAAUGCUUGACCUGCGGACGUUGCCGGUGGAUUUCGUGGAGUGUUUGAUGAGGUUCGUUCCGACGGAAGCGGAGCUGAAAGUUCUCCGACAGUAUGAGAAGGAGCGCAAACCUCUGGAGAACCUGACGAAUGAGGACCGCUUCAUGAUCCAGUUCAGCAAGAUCGAGCGUCUCACGCAGAAGAUGACCAUCAUGGCAUUUGUGGCCAAUUUCAGCGAGAGCAUUCAGAUGCUCACGCCGCAACUUCACGCCGUUAUUGCAGCGUCUGUGUCCAUCAAGUCCUCACAAAAACUCAAGAAGAUUCUGGAAAUCAUCUUGGCUCUGGGAAACUACAUGAACAGCGGUAAACGAGGAGCGGUGUACGGCUUCAAACUGCAGAGCUUAGACCUGUUAUUAGACACUAAAUCAACAGACCGCAAGAUGACUCUUCUGCACUAUAUCAGUAAUGUAGUGAAGGAAAAAUACCAGCAGGUGACGCUCUUCUAUAACGAGCUGAACUAUGUGGAGAAAGCAGCAGCAGUGUCUCUGGAGAAUGUCUUAUUAGACGUGAAGGAGCUUCAGAGAGGCAUGGAUCUGACCAGGAGAGAGAACAGCAUGCACGGCAACAACACACUGCUCAGAGAUUUCCUACAGCAAAAUGAGAAUAAACUCAAAAAACUUCAGGAUGAUGCCAAGAUCGCCCAGGAUGCCUACGAUGAAGUGGUGAAAUUCUUUGGAGAAUGCUCCAAAACAACCCCCCCGUCCGUGUUUUUCCCAGUGUUUGUGCGCUUUGUGAAAGCAUACAGGCAAGCAGAGGAGGAUAAUGAACAGAGGAAGAGAAAGGAGCAGAUGAUGAUGGAGAAGCUGAUUGAGCAAGAAGCUAUGAUGGAGCUAGAGGAUCAGAAGUCUCCCUCUCAUAAGAGUAAGCGGCAGCAGCAGGAGUUGAUUGCGGAGCUGAGGAAGAAGCAGGUGAAGGACAGCAGACAUGUGUAUGAGGGUAAAGACGGAGCCAUUGAAGACAUCAUCACAGAUCUGAGAAACCAGCCGUACAGGCGUGCCGACGCCGUCAGGAGGAGCAUUCGAAGACGUUUUGAUGAUCAGAAUUUGCGGCCAAUCAACAGUGCAGAGAUGGUCAUGUGACGAGGGCAGAGUGGAUGUGACUGGAUGGAGUGGAGGAGGAAACAAGAUAAUGAAGGACUGAAAAAGAUGUCAGGAGGUCUUAAAAAACAAGUGCCUACACUUAACAUCUGUCCCAUCAGGUGUUGACUUGUACAUGUGUCUUCUGUCUGUGAAGUUUUAUGUGACAAACGGUGUCUUGAUCUGUCUUUUCUCUUACGGCGCUUAAAUUGUAUGGCUAGAUGAGUAUUUUUCUUGAGAAAGUGUCCGAAUGUAAAACUAUUCCAACACUUGAUGUAUCAUGGACCUGUAAAAGUCCUGUUACAUUCCAGUGCUUUCGCCACAGAUCAAAACCGACCAGGCGUGUGUUUUCCGAAUCGUCUGGUCGGUCCAAAAGAAGCCCUGUAGUGUUGGUCAGAGCCUGUUUUUAUUGCGGUGUUCACAUUCUUGUAUUGAUAGAGCCCAACAGAAUGGAAUACAGGCUGAGAAGCAUUUGAAAAAGUUUUGUAAAAGUUAUAAAAAUGCAAUGAUGGUUUAAGAUGCUGCAGGGUGCGACACAGCGGCCAAAGAUAACAAUAUUAAGAACAUUCCUCACUUAAGAUGAGUCGAUGUCUGAUAGUAGAGGUAUUUCAAUG